CCAUGGAGGUGCUGCUGACGCUGCUGGCCCUCUGCAGCCCCUGGGCUCGGGCGGGAGCUUCCCCGCUCCUGCUCUUUGCCAACCGCCGGGAUGUGAGGCUGGUGGAUGCCGGAGGAGCCAAGUUGGAGUCCACCAUUGUGGUGAGCGGCCUGGAGGACGCAGCGGCCGUGGACUUCCAGUACUCCCAGGGCGUCAUUUACUGGACAGACGUGAGCGAGGAGGCCAUCAAGCAGACGUUCUUUAACCAGUCGGGCAGCGCGGUGCAGAACGUCAUCAUCUCCGGCCUCGUGUCCCCGGACGGCUUGGCGUGUGAUUGGAUUGGGAAGAAGCUCUACUGGACGGACUCGGAGACCAACCGAAUCGAGGUGGCCAACCUCAAUGGAACCUCGAGAAAAGUCCUUUUCUGGCAGGAUCUGGACCAGCCCCGGGCCAUCGCCCUGGACCCUGCUCACGGGUAUAUGUAUUGGACAGACUGGGGUGAAACUCCUCGGAUAGAACGUGCAGGGAUGGACAGCAGCGUGAGGAAAAUCAUUGUCGAUUCGGACAUUUACUGGCCCAAUGGCCUCACCAUAGAUCUCGAGGAGCAGAAACUUUACUGGGCAGAUGCAAAGCUUAGUUUCAUCCACCGAGCCAACUUGGAUGGCUCUUUCAGGCAAAAAGUGGUGGAAGGCAGCCUAACCCACCCCUUUGCCCUGACGCUCUCGGGGGACACCCUGUACUGGACAGACUGGCAGACACACUCCAUUCAUGCCUGCAACAAGAGGACUGGGGAGAAGAGGCGCGAGAUCCUGGGGGCCCUGUACUCCCCCAUGGACAUCCAGGUGUUGAGCCAAGACAGGCAGCCCUACUUCCGCACUCCUUGUGAAGAGGACAACGGUGGCUGCUCCCACCUGUGCCUGCUGUCCCCACGAGAGCCUUUCUAUGCCUGUGCCUGCCCCACGGGGGUGCAGCUGGAGGACAACGGCAAGACCUGUAAGGCAGGAGCCGAGGAGGUUCUGCUGCUCGCCCGGCGGACGGAUCUGCGCAGGAUUUCCCUGGACAUGCCAGACUUCACGGACAUCAUCCUGCAGGUUGACGACAUCAGACACGCCAUCGCCAUUGACUAUGACCCCGUGGAGCGCUACGUCUACUGGACAGAUGAUGAGGUGAGGGCCAUCCGCCGGGCCUACCUGGACGGCUCUGGGGCCCAGACCUUGGUGAACACGGAGAUCAAUGACCCCGACGGCAUCGCCGUGGACUGGGUGGCCAGAAAUCUUUACUGGACCGAUACAGGCACAAAUCGCAUCGAAGUGACGCGGCUGAAUGGGACCUCGAGGAAGAUCCUCAUCUCAGAGAACCUGGACGAGCCUCGAGCCAUUGUUCUGAACCCUGUGAUGGGCUACAUGUAUUGGACAGACUGGGGUGAAAACCCCAAAAUCGAAUGUGCCCAUCUGGACGGACAGGCCAGAAGAGUCUUGGUGAACACGUCGCUCGGAUGGCCCAAUGGCUUGGCUCUAGACCUCCAGGAAGGCAAACUUUAUUGGGGAGACGCCAAGACAGACAAAAUUGAGGUGAUCAAUAUUGAUGGCACAAAGAGAAGAACCCUCCUGGAAGACAAACUUCCCCAUAUAUUUGGCUUCACUUUGUUGGGGGACUACAUCUAUUGGACGGACUGGCAAAGGCGAAGCAUCGAACGGGUCCACAAGGUCAAGGCAAAUCGAGACAUCAUCAUCGACCAGCUGCCUGACCUGAUGGGCCUGAAAGCAGUGAAUGUCGCCAAGGUCAUCGGCACCAACCCAUGUGCGGAGAAGAAUGGCGGCUGCAGCCACCUCUGCUUCUUCACGCCCCACGCGACCAAGUGCGGCUGCCCCAUCGGCCUGGAGCUUUUGAACGACCUGCAGACCUGCAUCAUCCCCGAAGCCUUUCUGGUCUUCACCAGCCGAGCCGCCAUCCACAGGAUCUCCCUGGAGACCAACAAUAACGACGUGGCCAUCCCGCUGACCGGCGUCAAGGAGGCCUCGGCCCUGGACUUUGACGUCUCCAACAAUCACAUCUACUGGACGGACGUCAGCCUGAAGACCAUCAGCCGGGCCUACAUGAACGGGAGCUCCGUGGAGCACGUCAUCCAGUUUGGCCUCGAUUACCCCGAGGGCAUGGCUGUGGACUGGAUGGGGAGGAACCUCUACUGGGCAGACACGGGCACCAAUCGCAUCGAGGUGGCUCGCCUGGAUGGCCAGUACAGGCAGGUUCUGGUGUGGAAGGACCUCGACAACCCCCGGUCUUUGGCCUUGGAUCCCACCAAAGGGUACCUCUACUGGACAGAGUGGGGCGGUAAGCCCAGGAUCGUCCGGGCCUACAUGGAUGGAACUAACAGCAUCACUCUGGUGGACAAAGUGGGUCGGGCCAACGACUUGACCAUUGACUAUGCCGACCAGAGGCUUUAUUGGACUGAUCUGGACACCAACAUGAUUGAGUCCUCAAACAUGCUGGGGCAGGAGCGGAUCAUCAUUGCCGACGACCUCCCGCACCCCUUUGGACUGACUCAGUACAGUGACUACAUCUACUGGACCGACUGGAACCUCCACAGUAUCGAGAGAGCGGAUAAGGUCAACGGCAAGAACCGGACCCUGAUUCAGGGACAUCUGGACUUCGUCAUGGACAUUCUGGUCUUCCACUCUUCCCGCCAGGACGGUCUGAAUGACUGUGUCCAGAACAACGGGCACUGCGGGCAGCUGUGCCUGGCCAUCCCCAAUGGUUUCAGAUGCGGAUGUGCGACCCAUUAUACGCUGGAUCCAAACCACCGGAACUGCAGCUCGCCUACAUCCUUCCUGCUGUUUAGUCAGAAGUGCGCCAUCAGCCGCAUGAUUCCGGAUGACCAACACAGCCCGGACGUGGUCCUCCCUCUGCACGGCUUGAGGAACGUGAAAGCCAUCGAUUACGACCCGCUGGACAAGUUCAUCUACUGGGUGGACGGGCGCCAGAACAUCAAGAGGGCCAAAGAUGACGGGACCCAGGCAAGUGUGCUGAUGGGCCGAGGGGCAUCUCUGGGCUCCCCAGGGCAUCACAGUGGGUACAUCCAGGAGGGCCGGAAACCUCGGCCUGGAAGGCUUCGCCACCAGCCGGUGACUUUUUUCCAGCCUCAGCGUCUACUCUUAAGAAGGAGCGUGUCAUGGGGCGAGAUAGAGAGCUGGCCUCUGAGUCCUGAGGCCCUGGGUUCCAAUCCUGCUGACCUGCACAGGCUCUGGGCCUCGGGGCAAAGACGCUCAGUGCCCCAGGAGAGGGGGGUCUCUCCGCUGGCAGGACAGGCGCCCAUCCCCAUUGGCAGAGACGUUUCCUCCCCGGAGGCCAACACUGCUGAUGACCCUCCGCUGGCUGCCAGACAAACAGCCUCCGCUCCUGGCUCCCGGCUGGGCUCUCCCAGACGCCAGUUGGCCGUGGGCACGGACAGACGCAGAGUGGCCGGAGAGCGAUUCGCCCAGCCUCCCCCCAGCCCUCGUCACUUACCUUCUACCUGGCAGGCAGCAGCUGCCUUAUUCAUCUGUUUCCCUCCCCAUCCAGCGAUCUGCCUGCCCAACCAGUUCCGCUGUGCCAACGGCCAGUGUAUUCUCAUCAAGCAGCAGUGCGACUCGUUCCCAGACUGCAUGGACGGUUCUGAUGAGCUCUUGUGUGAGAUCACGAAGCCCCCUUCGGAUGACCCACCUUCGCACAGUAACGCCAUCGGCCCCGUCAUCGGCAUCAUCCUCUCCCUCUUCGUGAUCGGGGGCAUGUAUUUUGUUUGCCAGCGAGUGGUCUGCCAGCGAUACGCAGGGCCCAGCGGGCCGUUCCCCCACGAAUAUGUCAGCGGCACCCCUCACGUGCCCCUCAACUUCAUAGCCCCUGGCAGUUCUCAGCACGGCACCUUUACAGGCAUCUCCUGUGGCAAGUCCAUGAUCAGCUCCAUGAGCCUCAUGGGGGGCAGCAGCGGCCUGCCCCUCUACGAUCGCAACCACGUCACCGGGGCCUCAUCCAGCAGCUCAUCCAGCACCAAAGCCACUUUAUACCCACAGAUCCUGAACCCGCCUCCUUCUCCUGCCACCGACCGCUCGUUGUAUAACACGGAGAUGUUCUACUCUUCAAACAUUCCUUCGACCACGAGGUCGUACAGGCCGUACAUCAUCCGAGGGAUCGCGCCCCCCACGACCCCGUGCAGCACGGACGUGUGCGACAGCGACUGCACGAGCAGCCGGUGGAAGGCCAGCAAAUACUACAUGGAUCUGAAUUCGGACUCAGACCCCUACCCGCCCCCUCCCACGCCCCACAGCCAGUACCUCUCCGCAGAGGAGAGCUGCCCCCCGUCACCAGCCACCGAGCGGAGUUACUUCCAUCUCUUCCCGCCACCCCCCUCACCCUGCACAGACUCCUCCUGACCUCGGCCCCACCGCCUGGGCCCGCUCCCCCUCUCCCCUGUAAAUAUUUUUAAAUAUGAACAAAGAAAAAUAUAUUUUAUGAUUUUAAAAAAUAAAUAAAUAUGGUUGGGAUUUUAAAACACGAAAAAUGUGAAUCCUACCAGGGCGGGCAGGGCUGGGAAAACUCUGUACAGAGGAAAAAUAUUUAUAA